UGGUUGUUUCAACACGUUUUACCAACUCAGAAUAAUCGCGCUUUUAGAGUUCCUUCCCCCCAUUUUAUUGGGAUAUUUGGCUUAAACUGUAGGUUUGGGAAGCUGGCCCCAGUUGUCCUCAAUGGCAUUUCUGGUUUUGCUCAUUUGCCUUCAAAAUCAGCGCCUGACCAGAAAUUGCAUGACGUGUGAAUAAUUUAUACGUAUUUUCAUUCUUCAAAUUUGGAUGUGUCCCCAAGACAGUAGUAUUGUCAUGUUUAUUUAAUAAAAACUGCACCCUGUAAUUUUUUUUUUAUUACAUUUUUAUAACAAAAACCUUUAUUGUGAAAAGUAUUGACGACCUCACCCGGAAAUGAGAAUAGUUUACGUUUGCUUUUGCUUCUGACUAUCAUGCUCCUUGAGUUCCACGCAAGUGAAAGUUUGAGGACGAACUGUACACCAGUAGCCCGUAUAGAUGUGCAUCUAUUUGUGGAGUUCGUUCAAAUAAACCGUCACGAGAUGGUAUGGGACUACGGCCGGGCCAAAAACAUUCACCACCACUAACGUUGCUUCACCUCCGAGUUUGUUCUAAGCAAAUCCUACCAUUACCAGUAGCUACCAGCUACGUGGUUAGCGAGAAACUAUUAGCCAGCUAGCUAACCCGGAGUCAUUGUAAGCAUGUGGAGGAAGGCUGCAGCCGUUGCCCUCUUGGCUCUUGCUGUGGGGUACUUGUAUUUGGGCUCCAGACCUGAUCUUCCGGACCAAAUGAUCCAGUACUUCCUGCCCCUGCUACAUCCAUCCCCCCACAGCAAGCCCAGUUCACCCACCGUGGAACAGGUUAUCUCCAGUGCCUGGGAGGUCAUGAUAACAACACCUGCUAAACAAUGGGAAAGAGUGGCAGUUGGGGUAAAUGCAUGUGUGGACGUUGUGGUUUCUGGCGUAGGGCUGCUCCAGGCUUUAGCGGUGGACCCCGGCACGGGCCGUGAUCACCAAGUGUUGCACUCCAAAGAGGACUUGCGGGAAGCAUUCAUCCACUACAUGGAGAAGGGGGCAGCAGCUGAGCGCUUCUUCAGUGACAAGGAGGUCUUUCAGAGGAUCGCACGGGCCGCCGCAGAGUAUCCUGGGGCUCAGCUUUACGUGGGUGGAAAUGCUGCUCUCAUUAGCCAGAAACUUGCUUCCUAUCCAGAGCUGAUGGUUCUACUGUGUGGUCCUGUGGGACCUAAACUGCACGAGAUGCUGGAUGAGCAGAUUGUUGUGCCUCCUGAGUCUCUUCAGGAAAUGGAUGAAUAUCACCUUAUUCUGGAGUACAAGGCAGGGGAGCAGUGGGGUCUGACUCGAGCACCCCAAGCCAACCGCUUCAUCUUCUCCCAUGAUGUGUCCAACGGGGAAAUGCGUGCACUGAAGACGUUUGUGGCCAGCCUGGAAGAGUUCCAGCCAGACCUGGUGGUCCUGUCAGGCCUGCACAUGAUGGAGGGCCUGGGGAGGCACAUCUGGGACGACAAGCUCAAAGAGGCAGUGGCUUCCAUUUCCGAUGUCCGAAAUCAAGUCCCUAUCCACCUGGAGCUGGCAAGCAUGACGGACAAAGACUACAUGAACCGUGUCAUGCAAGAGCAGGUCAUACCUAUGGUCUGCUCCAUUGGCCUCAAUGAACAGGAGCUGCUGUUCCUGUCCCAAGCUGGUUCAGGACCUCACUCAGAGAUGACCUCCUGGAAGGGGAUUCCAGACGUGGGCCGCGUCAGCGAUAUCCUUCUGUGGAUCCUGGAGACCCAUGGGCACAGCCACCCUGAGGCGGAGGCCGACCUGACGCGCAUCCACUUCCACACCCUCGCUUACCACGUCAUGGCCACGGUGAACGGCCACUGGGACAACCAGCCAGCGGCAGUCAUGGCUGGCGCUCGCGUAGCCAGCACCCAGGCCUGUGGUCUCCAGACGGUGGACGUCAACAAGGUAGUUCUCAAAGCCCCACUGGAGUUCUAUAGCUCCAACCACGAGCCUAGGGAGAUCCUAACUCUAAACCCAGGUGACCCUGUCACUGUGUGGCAUCGUGGCAACGUGACCUUCUACCUCACACCCGUGCUGGUUUGCAAGGAGCCGCUCCGGACAGUGGGGCUUGGGGAUGCUAUCUCUGCAGAGGGACUGUUGUACUCUGAAAUUAGGCCGCAGCAGCCUUUUCUAGAUUAGCGCUCCCUUAACAACAAAGUGUUGAGUCGACUCAUGGCUCCAUAGUGAUGUGACAGUCUGGGGUUUGGCUCAGUUUGCAAUGGUUCAUUUUUAAGCAAUUUGGACAAACACAAACUGCACGAACAUGUACUGUGCCUUGAUAAAGAAACCCACCCCCACCAUGCUUCCCACACUUUGUAACAUCAAGUCUUCCAUUUUUUUAUUGAUUACAUCAAAGAUACAUUGAGUAAAACAUUUAAGGUAAAAGAGUCUUUGUGGAACAGGUAUCAGCUAUAAGCACAUAUAUUGCAUAUUGUGUCAUAUUGCAGGGUUUCCAAUCAUGAGAAUAACUUCAACUCUUAAGUGUGUUUAAUACAAUUUCCAGUAGUCCUCUAAAUGUGACCAGCAUUAGGCUUAUGUUAUC